AAUAAAUAUUUACAACUAAAAGCUCUUCACCUUGCAGAUGAAACUAUUUCUCAUAUGUGAGCUGAUCCUGAUUGGAACUGCCUACUCCUUUUCUUACAAUGAUUCCGAAGACUGCGUUGCUGAUGAAGAAUAUUUAAAUUGCAUCUGCAACUAUCGCGAGAACAUCACAGUAAGCGCUUCCAUGGACUUCGAUAUCAAGCAUGUUUUAGUAAAAGGCUGUGGAACCGUCACUAUGCCUCUUGGUGCUCUGACUCAUCUACGUUUAGAAACAAUUGACUUCUUGGACAUCAGGCAACUGAACAUUAGACCAUUUGCUCUGGCGGGUGUUCAAGGAAUUGAAUCGUUAACAAUAGCAAAUGUUUCUGAAUUCAACGUGAAAUCGCACGGUUUCGUGGGAUUAUUCAACGUCAGCAGACUAAUCAUCAGCAAUGUAUCAGCCACAUAUUUAUCAACCAAUUCUUUCGGGUUUGUAUCUAACGUAAAAUACUUCCUAAUCGAACAUUCGAAUUUCCUUCAUGUGGAGGAUGCUGCAUUUUUCUUAGCAAAUAUAAGCACAUUUAAAGUUUUUAAUACGAAAUUUCAUGGACUUCGAAAUACUUCUUUUGAAGUUCACAUCUCUGAUGAAAUAGUUUUUGAAAACUGCUACUUUGGGGAAACCAGCCAACACAGUUUUUCGCUCUCUUCCAUUCAUAAUAUCACUUUUCAAAGUUGUAAAUUUGGACUACUCGCUACUUCGUCUUUCUUAAGUUCAGAAUUACAAACUUUCGUUUUGCAAAAUUGCACGAUAGAAACUUUGGAGAAAGAUGCAUUUGCCUCUUUAGAUGUUUCAGAAAAACUUAUAUUUACUCAUAACAAUAUAGAAAUUGUAGAUGCCUAUGCCAUGACUCCUAAUAUUGUAAGCAAUUUUACAAAACCGCUUAAAGUAGAAAACUGCUGUAAUAGUUUUACAUGUGAUUGCAGCAUUUUCUGGAUGCUGUCUUCAGAUUACGAUUCAAGACCAUAUGAUUCCUUUUCGCAUCAGAGUUUUUGCAUUGGCAAUCCAUCAACAAAACUUACUGAUCUGAUCCCUGUGCUGGAUUCCUCAGGAAACUGCAUGACGCUUGAAAUGAAAUCUCCUCAGCUGCCUAAAGAAUCUGCAAUUUAUAAGUCAAAAGGGCAAACCCUGAGUUUGCAAAUCGGAAUGCUGCUCUUGAAUAUAAUCUGGAUUUUUCAUUUUGUGAGUAGUACUUAUGAUGCUGCAGAAGUUAUAUGAAUAAUACAAAUUAUAGUUAUUAGGUGAUGGAAAUUUUGAACUUCGAAAUUUAAUAGUAUACAACUAGCAAAUGCAUAUUCACAAUAUAUCCCCUUUCGUAUCGUAUGCGUGAUACGAGUGCUUUUCCGUAUCAUGAAAUAAAGAAUAAAUCACAAAUUUCAGAUGUCUUACAAAAAAAAAAAAAAAAAAAAAAAAAAAAAAAAAAAA